GGAGAGAGACAAUCAAUAAAAAUGAGGAUCAAAUAUCUUGAAGCAGCAUUGAGUCAAGAUAUUCAGUUCUUUGACACUGAAGUCAGAACUUCAGAUGUUGUAUAUGCGAUCAAUACUGAUGCUGUUAUGGUUCAAGACGCCAUUAGUGAAAAGCUAGGGAAUUUUAUACACUAUAUGGCGACAUUUGUAUGUGGAUUUGUGGUGGGAUUCACAGCAGUUUGGCAAUUGGCACUUGUGACACUUGCAGUGGUGCCUUUAAUUGUGAUAAUUGGAGCUAUUCAUACAAUUACAUUAGCGAAACUGUCUUCUAAGAGUCAAGAAGCUCUUUCGGAAGCUGGAAAUAUUGCUGAGCAGACAAUCGCACAAAUUCGAACAGUAUUAGCAUAUGUUGGUGAAUCAAGAGCAUUACAAGCCUACUCUUCUGCAUUAAAGAUCUCACAAAAACUCGGAUACAAGACUGGAUUUUCAAAAGGAUUAGGAUUAGGAGCAACUUAUUUCACAGUCUUUUGUUGCUAUGCUCUUCUUCUAUGGUACGGAGGCUAUCUUGUUCGCCACCAUUACACCAACGGAGGACUCGCCAUUUCCACCAUGUUCUCCGUCAUGAUCGGUGGCCUAGCUUUAGGCCAAUCAGCUCCAAGUAUGUCUGCGUUUGUGAAAGCACGAGUAGCAGCGGGUAAAAUCUAUAGAAUUAUCGAUCAUAAACCGAGCGUCGACAAAAACUCUGAAUCGGGAUUGGAAUUGGAUUCCGUUUCCGGCCAAUUAGAGCUGAAAAACAUCGAAUUUUCAUACCCUUCAAGACUAGAUGUUAAAAUUCUAAACAAUUUCACUUUAACUGUUCCUGCCGGAAAAACAAUUGCAUUGGUCGGAAGUAGUGGUUCAGGGAAGAGCACGGUGGUUUCUCUAAUCGAAAGGUUCUACGAUCCCACCUCAGGACAAGUAAUGCUUGAUGGGCAUGACAUAAAAGGUCUGAAUUUGCGAUGGUUAAGGCAACAAAUUGGUCUAGUUAGCCAAGAACCUGCACUUUUUGCAACCACCAUUAAAGAAAAUAUCCUCUUGGGUCGACCCGAUGCAUACAUGGGUGAGAUUGAAGAAGCUGCAUGUGUGUCAAAUGCUCAUUCGUUCAUUAUCAAAUUACCAGAUGCCUAUGAUACUCAGGGUGAGAUUGGAAUGGCAUUUGGAGAUUUAUUAAAGACAUUAUGGGCUCCUGGGGCAACAGUUGUACCACCACGAACAUUCAAGUCCAAGAAAAAACCGCACGAUUCAAAAUGUUCAUACUUGCAUUCUGUUUUAAGCUCUAAAUGUGGCAGUGCGAUUUUACUUAGUGUAAUAUACAUGGAGAUUUGUCAAAGACUUAAUUUGACUAUUGUUAGGUCAUGGGUUGGUGAAGACUUUUUAAUUUGGCCUGAAACCCGGAACCCAGAGGAUCAGGGUGGAGACAUGGGUUCGAAUCCUAUUCCCAAAACCUAA